AUGCGACUACUGUGCCUGUUCGUGGCUGUGCUAUACGCGACUGUACAUUCACAAGAAAUCUCUCCGCGCUUCCAGUGUGAGGAGGGCAACGACUGUGCAGACGGAUCGUCUGAUUUGGAAGAGAUUUUUCAAGUCAAACUCUUGCAAGUGAAUGCAGAGUUGGGGCGUACGUCCGGGCACCUGCACAGCUCGCAGGCCCCGCCGGCACCGCUGCCUCUGCAUCGCCAGUCCUUGACCGUCGAAAUUCUUGAGCAAGCCGAGCAGUACCUUGCUCCCAUCCUGACCUCUGUCCUUCUGCCUCAUGCCCUUGCGUUUGGCGUGGCCCAAUGUCUGCUCAGGUACCACCGUGGCAAAGCGGCUGAGUUUCUGAACGAAGAAACCGAGACACUGGAGAACAAACCGCGAAGCUUCUCUUACAUCCUUCCACGAGUGGCCCCGAUGUGGAUAAUUCAUGUUCUGUCUCUUUUUGCCUACGGCAUAUCUGCACCAAGCCUAGAUUACAUGUAUUUGAAUUCUUUUGCCCAGAAGUAUUCUGAUGGUCUGCCACUGGACUGCUCCAGCCAAAUGCAAUCUUUGCCGUGCAGCCGGGCUGCCGUGGAUGUUACGCAGCUUAAAGUUGCGAAAGGCUGUGCUCACCCCGUGAUCCAAUUUGCUGCUGGGCCUGCACUCGGUGCCGUCAGCGAUGCUUUCGGCAGGAGACCUGCAGUGCUUUUUAUACGGGUUGCCCUGCUGCUUCCCACUAUGGCAGCGGCAGCGGUCGUAUGGUUUGACCUUUCUAUAUGGUUGGAAUUCGGAGUGCAGUUCAUUGGCAUGAUUCCCUUCGAACCCGUUCCUAUUGCCUGGUAUAUAGACCGCAUUGACCACACCCCUAGCCUCGUUCUCGCAGCAUCCAUGGUGGAGAGCUCCUGCAUUCUUUCGACCAUUUUGGGUUCUCUGCUGGGCAGCAGUUUGAGCUUAAAGACUGCUAUGCUGCUUGGCAUGUUGGGGAAGCUCGUUUGCUUGCUGAUUGCGAUCUGCUGUUUGCCAGAGUCCUUGACGGUGCCACAACAGCAGCGUGUCAAGUUUGCCUGGUCCAAUCUUCUGCCAACAUCUGCACUGCGGAUACUUUUUCAGAGUCCUCUGGUGGAGAAGAUCACAGCAAUUGGAAUCUUCGAUGCCUUCCAUUACAACGGUUUCUACACCCUGUCGGCUCAGUUCUUGCAGCAGCGGCUGGCUUGGUCCCGUCAAGACAGCUAUGUCAAUGGGAUGUUGGAGCAAGGUUCUCAAAUGCUCUGGUUGACAGUAGGCGUGAGCGCGUUGUGGCCACUCCUGGGACAGGUCGGCAUUAUCGCAUCGGCUACGGUGGCAGCUGGCAUCUCCCAUCUCUGA